AUGUAUGUUAAGUAUGCCAAGGAGUGUGGGUUUUCAGUCAGGAAAGGGACUACAAAGACAAACUCUAAAGGUGUGUUACAUAUUAAGUAUUUUUUGUGUACGAGAGCUAGGGUAUAUAAGGACAAGAAGGUUGAUACGUUAGACCCCAAUCAAAAGGAGCGAGUAGGGCGAUCUAACUUUUCAAAGAGGACUGAUUGUGGUGCACUGUUAUGUGUAGAAUAUGAGAAUGGAUUUUGGAAGGUGUAUAAGUUUGUCGAGGAGCACAAUCAUGAACUUGUUGAACGUCCUGAUAAGCAUUUUCUUCCAACUGAACGACACCUCACUCAGCUCCAGAAGCAUGUUAUACACAGCAUGUCUAAGCUGAAUUUGGGUCCUGUCAAGGCGUUUAAUGUUAUGAAGACUUAUUUUAGCGGUUUUGAAGACGUGGGUGCAAGAAAAGUUGAAUUUAAGAACCAUAAGAGAUACUCUAUGGUGUUUGUACCUUUCACUGGUAUAGACAAUCAUCACUGCAAUGUUACAUUUGGUGCAACAUUAUUGGCGUCAGAAACUGCUGAUACGUAUAUUUGGUUGUUAAGAGUUUUUCUUAAAGCUGUUGGUUCUCAACCAAAAGUUAUUGUCACUGACCAAGAUCCAGCAAUGAAGAAGGCUAUUUCUGCUGUAUUUGUUGACACGAGGCAUCGAUUAUGCAUGUGGCAUGUGAUGCAUAAACUUUCUCUGAAGGUUGGUGUUAGGCUAUGCAAUUCCACCAAUUUUAAAGAACGUAUUUGUGGUGUUGUGUGGACGGAUAUUCUCACACCUGAAGAGUUUGAAUCAGAAUGGAAAAUGGUUAUUGCAGAAUUUAAUUUAGAAGAUAAUGACUGGCUAUCUGAUAUUUUGGCACUUAGGGAAUCUUGGAUCCCUGCAUACUAUAGAAUGGAGCCUAUGUCUGGUCUUAUGCGAACGACAUCCAGGUCGGAGAAAGCACAUCGUCACACACAUCGUAAAAAUGAUCAUGAAUCUCGAUACAAAAGACCCCAGUUGAAGAGUAGUUACAAAGUGUUGGAAGGGCAAGCUGUUGAUAUAUAUAGAAAAAGUAUUUUUUGUGACGUUCAAGCUGAGCUUAUUGGAGUUGCGGAUUGCAUAAAUCAACGUUACGAAGAUCAGCCUGAUGGGUUUGUUAAGUUUUAUGUAAAUGACUUCCAACUGCUUUACAAACAUUCUAUGCAUGAUGUUAUAGAGAUAUUGUUUUUGGCAUUUUUCAGGGAAUUUCCAAAACAAUACAUUCUGAAUAGAUGGCGCAAAGAGUCCUCCCCAAUCUGCUCUCCUGAAUUCUUAAUUAGUCGUGAAUAUAUGACCGAGCUUGAUCCUGAUGUGCAAAGUAUGAUGCGAGAUGUUGUUUAUUCAACCGAGUACACUUUGAACCGUUUAUUUGGUAAUAAAGAGGAGCUAUCCUUAUACAAGGAUCAUGUUCAAUCUUAUAUGAAGAAGGUUCAAGAUAUGCAGAUUGUUGCUCCUCCCGCUAGUUCUAGGGAUAGAUUUGCCGAGAUAACUGGUCAAUAUAAAAAUGACAAGAAUCCGAUAAGAGUCCCUGUAGGUUAUAAAUCCAAAGGUUCUGUUUCUCAGAAGCGCCUGAAAUCUAAACAGGAGAUAGCAGUUGACAAAAAGAAAUCAAAGUCGAAACCCGGGGCCAAAGAAAGACAGUGUCAGAACUGCAAAGCCUAUGGACACUACGCAUCAACAUGCAAACAGGCCGUAAUUAAAAGAAGAUCGACAAGGUCUUAG